AUGAAGAGUGUCGCUUUCGUCGCAGGCCUAUUGGCCACCUCGGCCUCUGCACACAUGCAAAUGUCCAAGCCCUAUCCCAUCCGCAGUCCCUUGAACCCGAAUUCCGACGCCCAAAAAGACUACUCCUACACCAACCCUCUGCAGUCCUCUGGUAGUGACUACCCUUGCAAGGGCUAUGCCAAUGACAAGUUCGACUCGCAGGCCACUUACGCCCAGGGCCAGCAGUAUGAGAUGGAGCUCGAAGGCAGUGCCACUCACGGUGGCGGCUCUUGCCAGAUUUCCCUGACCUAUGACCGGGGUAAAACCUUCAAGGUCAUCGAGUCUAUGCUCGGCAACUGCCCCAUUGACAAAAAAUACAACUUCACCGUUCCCUCUGAUGCCCCCAGCGGCGAGGCUCUCCUUGCCUGGACCUGGUUCAACAAGGUCGGAAACCGCGAAAUGUACAUGAACUGCGCUUUCGUGACUAUCGGCGGUAACUCAAAGGGCAAGAAAGUGAAUCGCAUGCAGCAAAUCGAGCACGCCCACGAGGCUCACGUCAACCAUCCGGCGAUGGAGCACGCAUCUCACCCAAAUGCCCAGCCCAAGGAGCAGCGCGAUAUCGCACGGAUGGAAACUCAGAGCAAGGUCGCUAGCUUCGACAGUCUUCCCGCCAUCUUCGUCGCCAACGUUAACCAGGAGGGCAAAUGUGUGACCAUUGAGGGCGAGCCCGUCAACUUCCCCAAGCCCGGUAAUAACGUGGUUGGCGAGGCUUCUGGCAAGGGCUACAAGUGCUCUGGCGACGCUCCUUUCCUUGGCGCUAGCGACUCCAUCUCUAGCACCUCUACAUCGAGCACCUCUACAUUGAGCACCUCUACAUUGGGCACCUCUGCCUCCAGCACCUCGGACUCGAACGCCCAAGCUACCAAGAACGCCACGGACAACAAGGAGACCAUCACUUCUAAGCAGGCCAAGACUACCAGCGCCUCGACCAACGACGAUCACAGCAAAACCAUCGCUACUCGCAGCGACAAGGGUGAUCAAUCCAUUUCCAAGGUCGCGUCUGCAUUCGGCACCCCCUCUGCUGUCGUUUCUACCGAGGCCGCCACGAAUAAUGCCUUCUCCAGCUACGUGAGCACCGGGUCUUGCCACGAUGGUGAGGUCAUAUGCUCCCCCGACGGCUACUCCUGGGCCAUGUGCUCUAACAACAAGCCCGUCUUUAUGGGUUCCGUCGCUGCUGGCAUGUCCUGCCGCCUUGGCCAGAUGGUCCGCGCUAGCUAG